AAGGAAAGCGUGUGCUGAUGUAGAAAAAAAGGGCUUAGACAUUUGGAAUCAAUUUUGAGUUUUUCCAACUUGUCGAAUAUGAUGGGGGCAAUUUUAAAGUCAUAUAUCAUUUUGUCGCAUGCUCUUAAAGUGAUUGUUGCGGCAGUUGAAUAGACUCUGGCGCAAAAUCGAUUUUGUACAAUCAAUCCUAAUAUGGGAUUUUUUUUAUAUUUGGUUGGAAGAGGGAAAAAAGCUCUCGUGUUUUUUUCGAUGCGGGAUGGAUUAUCAUCUCUGAAUCUUGUGAAGCUUUUCUUCUGAGCCUCAAAAUCGAUUGACACCUUCUCUUCCAGUGUGUGUUUCUGGGGUGCCAGGAAACGAUCGUCUCGACGAAUUUCAGAAGUUCUCGGGAAAGGCUUUUCGCAGUAUUAGGGAAAAGCUUCUCUCACACACUCUCUCUCUCGGUGGCUCUCUGGUGUUGGGUCUGUAUUUGGUUGUCAUGCGCAGAUAUGGCUUGAGAAUAUUUUUCAUAUAUACAUUGUCUAUGGAAAUUUCUCACAAACAUCGUUGUCCUGCUGGCAUCAUUUUCAGGAAGUUUUCUCCUAUACAGAUACGUGCGCGCCAUUAUUCGAGGGAUGCUUUCAGGGAUGGUGUUUUGCGGGUGUACUAGAGGGGUCUCUUUCCUGACCUGCUGAAUGGUGUGUGUGCUAAAGAGGGAUGAUGAUGUAUUGUGUAUGUUUGUGUAUGGGUAAAAGCUUUCCCAUUCCCUGCGAUGGGAUAUGGGAGAGUAUAACCACCCCAAAAAUGUUUAACAAUAUUCUGCGCUCUCAGCAUGAAUCCGUGAGCAUUGGAGCCAGUAUUGAAAGUGGAAGCGAGAAGAGCACAUUGGCAUCAGAAAUUUGCUGGUGCUGUGUGAUGGUGAAGGGACAAAAAAUCGAUUUUCAUCUCACCAUAAGAGGUUAAAAAAGAACGAAAAGAAGUUGUGGUGUUUUUAGCAAAAACGGAGAGUUGUCCUUUGGAAAGGCUCCUGGGCAAUAGAUUGUUUGUGUUGCAAAAUUCCCAGGGAUUCACUGAAAUUACUAACCUGUCGGAUUAUAAAAGAAACUUACCAGAUACUUCACAGCUCAGUGAAUAGUGCUUUUACUUCUUUCUUUUUCUAUUACUAACUACCGUUUACCAAAGCUCAGUAUGUACUUUAUACACCUCCCCAUUUGUGGGUGAGCUUUUGAAUUUUUACCCUCGUUCUGUAAUUGCUUUCGUGGUGACGGGGGGAGAGUUCAACAGAGUUUAGAAGAGAGUGUGAGUGAUUAAAUGUGAAGUGGAGAAAUUCACUUGGAAAAGCUAUUAGUUUAAGUUUUGAGUGAUUUUCUCCGCAUAGUGUUGGAGCUUCGGUUAAAAAGAAGCUUGUUGGAACUCUCUAUGGGCACGAAGAUCAGAAGAAUACAAGAAAAAAAAACACACCAGAUAGGAAGUCACGAAGGAGAGUGAAGAGAGGAGUUACUUUUAUACUGGAAUUCCAAGAGAGUCGAUGGAAUAAUAUUUUUCCAUCCCAAAGAAAAGGCAGAAACGAAAAUUUUUCAAAGCAAGUGAACAGCUCUGUGAGGGAAGUUUAUGGAUAAGAAAUAUCUCCCAGAGGAAUUUUCUUACAAGUGCACAGAGAGCUUUAACACAAAAAAGCUCCAUAGUGAUAAGAGGAUGAGACAAAGUGUGUGUAUGUGUUGUAUGAAAAAUGAGUGAAAAGUGGAGAAUUUUCUCGGAAAAAUUUUAUAUGGAUGUCCUAUAGUGCUACCGAACAUUUCUAAAAGCAAAAGCAAAAAAAAAGCAGAAAACCCCGAAAACCAGGGGAGGACAUACACAUUCUCCUCCCCAUGGGAAGAAAAAGCACAGGAAAAGCUUUCGCGAAACGAUGGAACACUUGUAAGCCAUACUAUGUGCUCUCUUAAAUUCAUUCGUUGCGAAAGGUGCAGGCACUCACAAGACAACCAUACAGUUGGUACAAGUAGCCAUCGAGGCUCCCAACGAAUUCUGCGCACGACGAUGCUGAACGUUCGCUUGGAUUUUGGAAUUUUGCACCUCUCCCCGCCUUUUCACCAGUACAUCUUCAUUCAACCAGAGCAUUCCUAUUAAAUCACACAACAACGAGGGAUUCACUUGAUUUCAUAUUCCAGGAGUAAAAUCUAUUUUUUCCCCUGGAACACUUGAAAAUCAUCCCAAUUACGGAAUAGGAAGAGUGAUAGGGGUAGCCAAUAUAACCCUCAAAAGUGUGGAAAAAAGUUCAAAACCUUAACUAUGCAAAUGUACGCUGAUUGUUGUUCAUGCUGGAAGUUUUUGGUGGUGAAGAAGUGAUUAGAAAAUGUUCCAUUGGAUUUAACAUAAGGGUUUGUGGUACAUAAAUACCAGUGAAGGUUUGGCAAGGAGAGUGAUCCUAAAAAUUGUGUGACAAGUUGGGGUGAACGCGUGAGAAAGGAAGCUUAUUAAAAUAAAUGUGAUAUUGGAAAAGAGGGAGAGAGUCCUCGAAAAUCCAUCAAGAUUGGUAGGGGAGGCCAAUAAGUGUGUGUAUUUUGUAGGCAAAAAAAAAAGCUGAGGCAAAAGCAAAAAAGAAAAAAGAAAAGUGAAAAGAUCUAUGUUCAUGUGAUAAAUCAACGAAUGUUAGAAACAUUCCUCGUCACGAAGAAAUGCCACACAAAAUGGAAAUGACGAUAGUUAUUCAAAUAUCUCUCCUCUUGAUGGUCAUUUGUAAUUUCCGUGGUGGAGGCUGCGUCAAGGACGUGCCUCAAUAUUCCACGGAGGCCGUUGUGGGUGAGACCCUCCAUCUCCACUGCAACGUGAGCACAAAUCCAGACACGGAUGAUGAUGUGGUCCUUGUGCUAUGGUAUCGCCAAGACAAAGGAACACCAAUCUAUAGUGUCGAUAUAAGGGAUCAGAAUUUUAAAGGUGCCAAACGCUGGUCAGAUGAGACUGUCUUCGGCAAUCGGGCCCAUUUUAUGUUUGACAAGGAUUUUGACCACUUUCUCGGGGAGCUUACAGUGCAGGAUGCUCAAGAGUCUGAUGCUGGAUUGUAUCGGUGUCGGGUGGAUUUCAAGAUUGCCCAAACAAGGAACAGCAUGGUCAAUCUUACAAUCAUUGCUCCACCGGACAGAGUUGCCAUUAAGGAUGAGGCAGACGUGGAGAGAUCUUCUGUGGUUGGUCCCUAUGCCGAAGGGGACUAUGUGAAGUUGAAGUGUGAGGUGUUUGGGGGUAAACCAUCGCCCAAGAUCAACUGGUAUCGCGAUGGGAAGCACAUGAUGAGUGAUAUUCAGUCGUCAGCCUCGGGCAAGAGCAAGAUGAGUAUCAUCACGUUCGGACCACUAUCGAGGCAGGACUUGAAUUCGGUAGUGUCGUGUCGAGCCAACAAUCAUCCCAGAGCAGCUCAUAAGGAGGUCACCGUUCAGAUUGAUAUGAACUUUGCUCCGCUCAAUGUGAAGCUUUUGGGGACACAUCAGCCCCUGUCAGAGGGACGACGCUAUGAUAUACUGUGCCAGAGUUCGGGAUCUCGUCCACCGGCUGUUAUUACCUGGUGGCUCGAUAACAAGCGCCUCGAGCAAUCAACAGAAAUGACAAGCAGCAACGGAAACCAAACAACGAGCACCCUCUCAAUUGUCUUUAAUCGCAAUGAUUCGAGUAAGUUUCUGUGCUGUCGUGCUUACAACCACGUUGUGUCAUCAAAGUCUCUGGAAGAUGGCUGGAAGUUGGACAUCCAAUACAUUCCAGAGACGAAAAUCCGCCUUGGAACUUCACUCGACUCCAAUUCAAUCUACGAGGGUACGGAUUUAUACUUUGACUGCCUCAUUUCGGCCAAGCCAGCGGUUUAUCGUGUCGAAUGGCGCCACAAUGGUCGAACACUGCCUCACAAUCAGCAACAGGGAAUUAUCAUCAGCAAUCAGUCGCUGGUGCUGCAGGGCGUUUCACGCUCCACGGCCGGAAACUACUCCUGUGUGGGCUUCAAUGCUGAGGGAGAGGGUGUGAGUCCACCCUUUGAGUUGAAUGUUCUCUAUGCCCCGUCGUGUGCACCAAAUCAAACCCGAAUAUACGGUGUAGCAAAGCAGGAGAAUGCCCAGAUUAAGUGCACUGUGGAGGCAAAUCCGCCCGAAGUGGAGUUCCGUUGGACGUUUAACAAUUCCGCUGAAAGCAUCGAUGUGGCUGGUGGGCAUGUUAGUCGAUUCGGGACAUCCUCUAGUGUCCUGUACACGCCAAUGACGGAGCUGGACUAUGGCACACUCAUGUGUCAGGCCACUAACAAAAUUGGACGCCAGAAGGUACCGUGUGUCUUUCACAUAAUCGCCGCUGGGCGACCAGACCAAGUGCACAAUUGCACCAUCACCAACAUCUCUAUGAGUUCCUUCAGUGUCAAGUGCACUGAGGGUUUCAAUGGUGGACUCACGCAGUCCUUUCUCAUUGAGAUCAAAGAGGCUCAAACAGAAGAGGUUACAGCAAAUUUUACAUCACCUAUUCCGCGAUUUGCUGUCUCCAGCCUAUUCCCUGGUCACGUGUAUACCGUCACCGUGUGGGCCUUCAAUGUGAAAGGGCGCUCGAAUCCUGUGACCCUGCAGGUUGCCAUGCUUCGUCUCCCUGAGAAGCAACUUACUGCAGCAAAUGAGCGCCCAAAGUCAUUGAUAACCUUCACCCCGAUGAUUUCCAUAAUAAUUGGCAUCGUGGCGGCAAUUCUCAUCGGUGGAUUCACCGUUUUGCUGGCGGUGAGAAUCUCCUGUAGACGGACUUGUUGCAGCGUGGCAAAGGACAAUGGUCACAAGGACAUGAACCAGCGUCGUAAUCACACGGUCUGCGAGAGCUCGCCAAGUGGAAGUGAAAGGAGCGGUGAGAGCAAAGAGUUCGACGGCAACGAAAGUGAUGAGAAGAAUCCGGAUGUAAUUCCAGACACGUUGGAAUCACUCGAUCAGAAGAAAUUCAUGCAACGAAGACUACCCAUUUCAACAAUUGAAAAUGCAAAUUCCUGCCGACGUCCACCAAAUACGGCUGGACUUGCUGGACAGAGUCAGGCGAACAGCACAAAUGGAUUGGCACCAUGCCAACCGUCGAAUCAGCAGCAACCUAUGGCCUAUUGCACCCUUCGCAAAGACACCAACUCCCGCCUCAACUUCCAGACUUCUGUCUCCAUUAAUUCUGUCAUAAACACAUACAAUUCAAAUAAAACCUUUACACUGCCUCGACAUCCGGCGAACCAGCCGCGUCAAUGGGCGCCACAUGAUCCAUCAGCGCCGCCCACACCUCAGCCACCGCCACUCUGCUACAGUAUCCCGCCGACUCUGCCCAGUGGCCAGGCUAAGCUCAUGGUAUCUGCAUCUCCCAUCGCGAUGCAGACACUGAGGACGAAUGUAUAUCCGCCAACACUGCCACUUUCUCUAGCGCCGGACUCCGUUGGCGAUGCAGUGGAUAUCCUGAAGAAGGAAAGCAAGGUAUGACAGUAGGUGCCGUAAGCUUAGUCUCUUUGUGAGCAAGCCCUCCAGAUAACUCUUGUAAAUAAUCAUGUAAAACUUCUCCCCACGAUGUUUAAGUGCGAAUGACGCGAAUUCCUCACCAACAUCCCGCAGUUUCAGCGGAAUACAAUUUUUCUUCCUAGGGCAUUGUUUCUACCCCAAAUACACCGACUUAAUAUACUCUCGAUUGAACAAACGGUAGUUCCAACUGAUUUUUUCCUCAAAUUAUUCAAUCAAUUUGUUCAUACAAAUUUUAGAAUAUUUAAUAUGUUUUUUAAUUAAAUACCAAAUACUUUAGAAAGAAAUUAUUUAA